AAAACACAAAUAUAUGGUUGUUCGCGAAGCUCUGGAAAGGAAUCGACGAGCGCACCGAACGAAACAAUCUGGUUUUAAAGGAUACCUAAACUAGAAGCUGGGGAAUUAAAUUCAAGACGAGAUGAGUGCAUCGAUAUCCAAAUCGCCUCUCAUUCAAAAGAGAGCGAUCAACUGCCCUGUCCUUGGAGAAUGGACGUGCUUCAAACGGCGCGAAGGCCUGUUGGUUCUGUUGGCGGAUGUUGCCCGUAUAAACGACAACAGUCCUCUGAAAGAUUACUCUUGCAUCUCCUUGAACCCGUUCAUGACAUUGUGGGGACAAGUUGGUUAUAUGUUGUCUGCAAGCGAGGAAGAUUUGAUUGAAACCGCGACAAGCAUGGCCAAGGAAUACAUGCGUUUGCUUCCAUACGACGACGCGUUGGAAUUUAUUACUCAGCAUUUAGCGAGGCCGGGAAAACUGCUGCUAAAAAUUUUUGACCCCAAAAUUCAGGGGCGUUGCAAACCAACUACCCAAACAAUUAUUUUAGAACCACUGGAGGACGAAGAUGGAGAGGAAAAUGGCGAGAAAUCACCGGGAGAAGCGAUAGACCGCAAGACCAGACUAAGAGUUGCUGCAAAACGAGGAGAAUCCCCGCUUAAUGGCUCCUCAGGAUUUGAUGAAAGCGCAAAGAAAAGAAAGAUGAGCAACUCUGGUAAGAAUAGUAAAUUCAAUAACGCAUGUAGUGCUUGUCGAUUUCCUUCUCGGACAUAAACUACAGAAUUCUUGGUUUGCAACCACGUGACCAGGCGGCCAUGUUGGGGUCAAUACAACAGAAUUUUUUCUCGAAGAAUUUACGUGAAACAGAGUCCCCAGAGGUGAGAAAUGCUUUUGUUAUUGACCACCAACACAGCUUCUGUGACGUCACGUGCAAACCAGCAAUACCCUUUGUUGAUGAUUGGCAAUUCGCUAUUCCAUUUUAAUUUCCAUUCCUAGAGGGGUAGGGUGGGCACAAGCUUGGCACUAAUAGCCCAGCAUGAAUCUGGAGGUGUUGCAUUUCCCACCACCCUUCUCUGACAGUACCAACAGUAGCACCUUGUCUGUAACUUUUGUAUUAAUUGUUAACAUACCCUACCAACAAUUUAACUUUUCAAGGUAAACAUUUGUUUUCCAAGUAGAUUGUAAAACUUUCCUAUCUUUUAAAUAACAUAACUUUUCUCUCUCUGCCAGAUGGAAGCUGUACAGCCUCUAGCAGUGAUGAGAUGUUCAUUGAGUCAUUUCUUGCUUUUACCAAGACAUUUUUAGGAAAGAAACAAUGUCAAAAAGGUAUGUAUAACAGUGUACCAGUAAUCUGCUUUUUUAGUCUUCUAUUUCAGAUAUUCAAUAAUUUCAGAACAUCACAGAUAAUGCAUUUGCUAUUGGCUUUCCCAACUACAGGGUUGGGGCAAGGGAGACAUAGGCAAUAGGUCUGAAAACAAUAUCCACAUCAAAAUUCUCCAGACUGUUCUCCAUACAUUCCUUAAAGAAUUAUUUUAGAGAAUUUCAUAAAAGAUCAAAGCACUUUUCCUUAGAUGACCAUUUCUCUUAAUCAUGGAUUAUUGCUGUUAGGAGAAAAUUAAUGUUGAUCACUCUUGGGACCUAAAGGGUUAAGGCAGCUGUGUUUUUUUCCCUGAGAUAUAGUUUUUGAAAUAUGAUAUACACAUCAACCUCCAAGGUGAAGAGAACUGUGGUAGAACAUAUGAUACCACAAUACCCUGAUAUUUUUAGAGGAUAGUUUAAAGGGGCUAUGUCAGCUGGAGAGCAUGCGCUCUGAGGUUAUGCAAAUUACUUUCAACUGUCAAAAUUCUAUUGUUUUUAACGCGUUACUUUCUCCAUGUGCGCUGUGAGGUUAUGCAAAUUACUUUUAACUGUCAAAAUUCUAUUGUUUUUAACGCGUGACUUUCUUCAUGUUCUCUGUCACGUCCAAGGUUCGGAAUUUUGAGAGGUUUAGCGAAAUGGGUUUAGAUAAGGGAUAUUUCGAUAGAAUUUAUGGAACGUUUCUUCUCUGGUUAUGCUAGAUCAAGAAUAAAAUUGCGACGACAAUUUUACUUGUAGUUUUGAAGUAAAAACGCAUGCCAUUCAUAAAAUAGAGCGCAAACAAAAACUCAACAACAACAUAUUGUCUUAUUCAACAAAAUAAAUGGAAGUUGUAUUUUACAAACGAGCUACAAAAGACGCUAGACCGAAGAUAAAGACCAAGACUGUUUCAAAUCAUUAACAAUUAGACUUGUCUGUCGCUAUUGAUUUUAUAAUUUAGAUGCUGAUAGAACAAGAGACCAAGUCUUUGUUUUGAUCUUAGGGAAACAUACAUUAUCGCGCAAAAUUGUUCGAUCGUGCCGAAUCACUGCGACGUCGAGAAAAACAGUACCCAGCAUCAUUGGUAUACUACUCCACUAUAAGCAGUCCGUUGAUAAAAAGGGAAAGCAAACUCUGCUAUUUUCCAAAAUUAUGCUCCAACACAAACAGUUCAAAAACAUGGCAUUUACAGGAUCUAACUCGUACUAAGGUACCUCUCUAAGUCCGUUGAGAACAAUCUGGACGAGCAAACGGUCGUGUUUAUCUUUGCCGUGAAUCGAGAUAAAUACAAGAAGGAAUCUAGCCGAAUUUUAGAAUGUUUCCUUCGCCAGGAGUUGAGUUUCGUCACGAAACUCAUGGCCUGAUGCUCUUGUAAUCGUUUACAAAAAACGGCCGCCGCCAACUCGAUAGCCGCUUCAUUAUAUGUCCACAUACUUUGAGCACAAGAAAAAUCCAAGAGCCAGCAGCCUCUAAAAUAACUCAAUAGAAAGGUCCUGUGAACUAUAGGGAAGAUUCCAUCAAAGAUUCCAUCACUCAUUGUGGAGUAGCCGUCAUUAACUUUGCCAUUACAACGGCCGCUGAUAAGAGGACACAGUAAAUCCACGUAAAAACAUUCCACAGGCAAACAAUUUUAAAAUAACGCCAAAAAAUUGUUCUGUAAUCACCAUAGAAUGAUUCUUAAUGCAAAACUUCGCUAACUAUCGAACGAUGGCUGAGAUUUAGACAGAUAAAAACAGCCUUCCAAAAUCUCCGACACAACUUGAAAAAGUUGGGCUGUCUUUUUCAAGUUUGUUUUCAUUGGCUCGCGCAUGCGUGUUGGGUGACAUAGCCCCUUUAAUAUUUAAAUGAUGUAUGUAUUUUGCCAAUAGCUCAUGUUUUGAUAGCCUGAGAAAACAGCUGGCAUUUUGAGAAAACGCCGCUGGUUUCCCUGCAAAGUGAUGUCUGAGAAACAAGUGCAGAACUUCCAUACUGAUCACACAUCACUAUCCAGAUCUGGGUAGUGCCGCGUCAUCAGUAUAGAAUUUCUUCCUUCUUUUCUCAGACGUCAUUUUGCAGGGAAACCAGUGGUAGCAUCGGCAAAUGUUGGCUGUUUACUCAGGCUUCUUUUUUGAUACUUUUAUAUAUCAUGUUGUGAAUUCAGAUGAGUUAUUGGAAAAGCUUGAAGAGGAGAAACAAGCAAGAAAGAAUGCAGAGGAAAAAAUUAAUGAGCUUAAAGGUGGGCCCCAACAUUUUUAGUACAUGUACUGUACACAAGAUCUCUGACUUCCCCACAAAUCAAGAAGUACCUGUCAUUCACAAAAUUAAUUUUACCUCCAAUUGAGCAUUCAUAGAUCUUGUAGCUUUAAGGUGCAGUAUUUUUAUUAUGAUGCUAGCAUAAUAAGGGUUAUACUUGUCAAGACACCACUAAUGACUCCCCUUGAUAUUCAUUCUUACCAGUUUUUUAGAGCAAUUUCUUUUUCUUAAUUAAAGUAUUCACACUUUUAAAGAUUCAGUCAGACCCAGCCCUUAAUAACCAAAGAAAUGUUUUUAACAAAUUCCAUCAUUUUUAAUUGUAUGUUGAGGAAAACAUGCAAGAUAGGCUGAGUCUUAAAUCAUGUAAUGCUUGUUUCCUAUUUGUUUUGUUUUGUUUUGUUGUUUCUUUUUUGGGUAAUUUUUUGGGCUUUUCCAAAACUGUUACUUAAUCAUGUAUAUUUCCUUAAAAAAAUCCUAUUCAGUUUAUCUGGCAUGAAAAUAAUAGGCCUAUAGUUUGCCAAUAACCUGCAAAUAUUCAGCUCAUUGUUUUUUAUUCCACCACCAGUUCAAUUCAAACAGCAACUUGAUGAAGAGAAAAAAGCCAGAAAAAUUAAAGAUGAAGAAAUACAAGUUCUUAAAGGUAUUUUGUUAGCUUUUAUUAUUUAUUUCCUGUACCUUAAUCAAUUUAUCUAAUAUGUUUACUAAUUUUGUAGUUUUUUUUACAAUCUAAUUGUAGUUAAAUAAUAUAUGCCAUUACUAAUAGUCCAGCUGUAGAAAUAAACAAGAUAAGAAAAAACUCUGUCAAACUUGGUAAAUUAUCUAUACCACGCAGAUGAUUAUGAUUCACCUUGGCAAAAAAAGCGAGAGUCAGACACUAGAAUUUUAAACAUCUUUCUGUUUUAAUCUGUUUUAAAUUAUAUUGACAACUGGUUUAUUGUAAUUGUUGUCAAUGAUUUAAGACAAGUGAUUUUGAAAUAAACACCACCCUUGGAUAAACGCCACUCUUGAAUAAAUGCCACUUUGGAGACACUAAAACUUUUAUAAAUGCUGUGGCGUUUAAUCAAAUAAAUGCGGCAAGAUAUAAAUUAAUCAAUAGACAGGCAGUUACAUGUAGGCAGGAUAAAAGGCCAGCUGCUGGGUUGGCCGGUCUUUAUCAGGAGUUUGUCCCAUGUAAUGGAAUCCAGACUCUGGAAUCCAGGAAAUUUUUGUAUGCUGAAUGUGGAAUCCUGGAAAAUUUUGUUUGUGGAAUCCAGAAUCGUGGGCUUUGGAAAUCUGGAAAACAGCUCAAGGAAUCCAGAAUCCAAGUUCCACUGACAAUACUGGAAUCCGGUACCUGUAUGUACCUGUAUUGGGAUCCCUCACUUGGGGCAAAGGAGUUAUAAAACACUAACUCAGAUAUGGGGCGAGGCACAUGUACAGGACUUACAUACACAGCAAUUUGGUAAAAGAAAUGUUUGAGAAUACUGCAGCUAUACUUGGUGAAAUAAAGUGUGUAUGGAGAAAGAUAAAAUUAUGUUAAAAAAGCAAAAUAUACUUCAGAUAAUAAUUAAUGGUAAAUAAUGUUGAUUUAAGAAUAAACGAUAUGUAAUUUAUUUUAAAACAGUAGACUUAAGUGACCGACUUGCAUAAAUUAUUAAAGUAUUUUUUAAUCAGUUAAUGUCUGACUUUUUGUACAUCACAUUAAGAAUUUUUUUUUUCUGUAUUAUAUAUGCAGAUGAGCUGCAAAUGACAAAAAAUAAGAGGCAAGCUCUAGAGGACAAAUUGCAAGGUAAUGUUAGAUUUCAUGAGUUUAAUCGUUAACAUUCAGUCAAUUCUCUCUGAGGUUAAUCUCCAACCCCCUUAUAAUUAUUUUCCUGGUAGUUUUGUUUUUUUUACUAUUAAAGUUAACGACCUUUGCCGUGUUUUUGUACAUUUAAUCAAUGUUCACGGUGUUUCUAUUCUCUCUUCAGAACUCUUGCGCGUAAACGAAAAUAAAAACCGCUGGGAUUAUUGUCUGUAAAUGCUUAGGGUUUGGGGUGGGUACCGGCAAGUCUGAUAAGGCAAAACCUUCUUUUCCGUUUUUUUCUGGCGCUUCACUCGCGAGCUGGGUGAAUUCUUCGAAAAAAAGUGUUCACUUGUUUUUGUUAAUUUUAAAAGCAGUCUUUCCAUUUUUUUUCUCUCCAGGAAUAAAACAGUUUCUUCAAAUAGGUCCAGACAAGAGAGUGAAUGUCUCAUCUUAGUGUGACCCUGUCCUGAACACUGAUGCAGUCCACCCUUUGUUUGGUGUGACCCGGCUAAAUAGCAAAAUCAUUGAUUUUGUUAACAUGUUAUAGACGUUUUGUGCAAUAUACGCGCUAUUACACGUUGUUACAAAAAUGAAUUAGUACUGUCACUAAUCAUUAAUAUUGGCUGUUUUCCUCUAUGUUGUAGGCAGAAAUUGUCACCGUAAAGUUUCAAAAGAAACAAGCCUCGUUAGUCUCCUCUAGUGACUACUUUCUGGCUGUCGUUUCUGUUUGGAGGAUUUUUCACCUUUACUGUCGAAGAGUCGUACUUUGAUCUUUAACACAUUGAUAAGAUGAAAGUAAGUUAGGGGACAUGUUAGCGAAACGACUGAAGUCGCUGACGAAACGACCGUAAAUUCAGUGGCCGAUGACUGACCGUUAUUUACUGGUCUACCCAUGACCUUCGGAACUUUGCGUUUUUUCAUUUAAAACGUUUUACAAAAUUUAGAACUCACCCAAUG